AUGUUGGACAACAAUGUUGCACCUAAUGUCCCCAACUUCAGCGUGGUAAUUGACAUGUUUUAUUAUGAUGAGAGUAUUGGUGAAGCGCAAGCCAUGGUGCAACAUAUGAUUGAGAGAGACUCCACCCUUGCCCACCAGCUGCCUACAGAACUGCGAACUCAUGAAAAUAUUCCAAAUAUCAUUGCAAAUGCUUCAUUGCUUGAUGGUCUAUGUAGAUAUGCUCAGCUCGAUGAGGCAAUGGCUUUACUUGAAGAUUUGAAGGAACAUGGUGUUAAGCCAGAUACUGUUGUUGAUGGUAUCAUAAUGGGCGGUUUAUGUAAUGUUGGGGGACUUGAACAUGCGGCAAAUGUUUUCUUUGAUCUUGUAUUGAAGGAGCUUCGACCUGAUUGUGAAAUAUGCGCUAUAAUGAUCAAAGGUUUAUGCAAGAAUGGGCUCAUGUAUGAAGCUAUUGAAUAA